AGGUCAGAGCGUUGCUGGGAUGAUGGCGGCCGGGACUGGAAAGCACAAAUUGCUGAGCACUGGCCCCACUGAACCAUGGUCAAUUCGAGAAAAGCUGUGCCUGGCAUCAUCAGUGAUGCGGAGUGGGGAUCAGAACUGGGUAUCAGUUAGCAGAGCAAUUAAACCUUUUGCAGAACCAGGACGGCCACUAGACUGGUUUUCACAAAAGCAUUGUGCAUCACAGUAUUCAGAACUUUUGGAAACAACAGAAACACCCAAACGGAAGCGUGGUGAGAAGGGAGAAGUUGUGGAAACUGUGGAGGAUGUAAUUGUUCGCAAGCUCACUGCUGAACGAAUUGAUGAGCUGAAGAAACUUAUUAAAGAGACUCAGGAGAAAUACAGGAAAGUGAAGAGAGAAGCAGAGCUGAUCCAGGCUGGCCAUGCAGAUAGUAAACUUCAGGAAACUUGGACUGAUAUUGCUGCAAAGAAGAAACUUGAGGAGGAGGAGGCUGAAAUGAAAAGGCGUACAACAGAGAGUGCUUAUCAGGCCCGUCAAGCAGCAAAAAAUACCCCAAAGAGACCGACUAAUCUGACCACCCGGUCUCCAAUGGAAUCGAGUUCUCCUGGAGUAGACUAUUCUGUGCCAGAUGCACAUCAGCCCAGUGAGGACAGCCAUACUGGUUUGGUGUCGAUGAACAUUGGAAGUGCCCCGACUAUUCCAGUGAUCUCAGCCCCUGAGACUCCUGGGCCUGCUGUAACCUCCACUAAUCUUGAAACUCCUCUGACUCCUGUUUUGGAGGAUUCGCCCCAGAAAAGGUUAUUGGGGCAGAAGGCCACGCCUCCACCCUCUCCACUGCUAUCUGAGCUCCUGAAAAAAGGGAGUCUCCUGCCUACCAGUCCUAGGCUUGUCAGUGAUGUUGAUCCCCAGGUGAAUUCAACACAUGUUACUAGCCCCAAUGUGCAUGUUGAAAUGGGAACAAGUGUGUCCACCCUGCAUGUUCCAGAGCUGCAAACAGCUUGUACCAGUGUAACAUUAUCUCCCGCACCAACAGGAGCCCCUACUCUGUCAAGGCUUUUGGAGGUCGGCCUCUCGCAGUUCACGUCACCUUUCGUUCCCUUCUCUACCAUCAGCCGUGAGGCGCCACCUCCAGUUAAACCCAUGCAAAUUCUAGCUGACCAGGUGUAUUCAGCCACCACCGCAACCAUGACGCAGAAGAGCAGCAGGACAGUUGAGGAAACCACCAUAUGUGUUCAGGUAGAGAGCUGUGUGGAGCAGCCAGCUCUCUCGGUAUCCGGGGAACUGUCUGGCUUCUCGGUGUUAAUUGACUCUGGUGAAAGUAGGUGUCUACCAUCCGGCACUCUGCAGAUCGCAAGACAAAGAGAGAGCAUUGCGGAUCAGCACCGGUCAAAGCAAGUUGAAGGCAAUACAACAGUAUCUAAUUAUACAGAUGUACUUAAUUUGGGAAAUCCUGCAGACAUUCUAGCAAUUAUUGAAGAAAAGGUGGAGGAACCACAGUUGAUUGAUGUUCCUACUGAUGUUGGAGAGCAGCUAACAGCGACAGAGGAAAAUUCUGCCUCCCUGUUUCAGACGGAGCCGAUGAUAAAGGAGGAAACUGAAGAAAUCGAGCAACAGGCUCACAAAUCAGACUGUCGACCCAGUGAUGAGAGACAGAUAUUGGCUGGAUUGGACUCUACAGACAAUUUAGUUAUCAAGAUUAAACAGGAAUUGCCAGAUGAAGGAGAGGAAGAGCAAGAACAGGAAGAAGAGUCAAUUUUAGGACAUGUGCAACAGAUGGCAAGUGCAGGAAAAAUGGCAAAUUUUCUAGGCCUGAAAUCCGAGGCACUGGGACUGGAACACGUUUUGCCGAGGGGCACCAUGCGAAGUAAAAGUACAUCUGAGGAAACUACACAUCCCCUGCCACGGGGCACUGCACGAAGCAAAAGUACCUCUGAGGAAACUGGUCAGAUGUCUCCGAGGAGCUUCACACAGUGCAAAAGUACUUCUAUUGAAGUGGGACCAUCUGAAAUUGUAGAUGCCACAAAGGAAGAGACCCGAUUAGUUUUAAAGGGUCAGAUCAAGCUGCAGGAGAUGCUUAUUCCCAAAGAGGAAGAUGGAGCUAGUGAAGCUGCCAGUGUGGAUGAGACCAGGGAGGAGGAACCAAAUGAGAUUUAUAUGUCAGAAACUGAUAACGAACCACCUGUCAGUGAAAGUGACGAUGGAUUCAGUAUUCACAAUUCUCAUUUACAAUCAUCUGUCCUUGCUGAUUCAAUCCCCAGCAGCCCUGCUUCCUCUCAGUUUUCAGUUUGUAGUGAAGACCAGGAAGCCAUACAAGCUCAAAAAAUUUGGAAAAAGGCUAUUAUGCUCGUGUGGAGAGCAGCUGCUAAUCACAGAUACGCUAAUGUAUUCCUUCAACCAGUAACAGAUGAUAUCGCCCCAGGAUAUCAUAGUAUUGUACACAGACCAAUGGAUUUGUCUACAAUAAAGAAAAAUAUAGAGACUGGUUUAAUUCGCACAACAGCAGAGUUUCAGCGGGACAUAAUGCUGAUGUUCCAAAAUGCAGUGAUGUAUAAUAGUUCUGAUCAUGAUGUGUAUCACAUGGCAUUAGAAAUGCAACGAGAUGUCUUGGAACAAAUUCAGCAAUUCUUAGCCACUCAAUUGAUAAUGCAAACCUCAGAGUCUGGAAUCAGUGCUAAGAGUCUACGGGGGCGUGAAUCAACAAGAAAGCAGGAUGCUGCAGAGAAGGACAGUGUCCCAAUGGGCUCUCCUGCCUUUCUUCUCUCUCUCUUUGCAGUGGAGGUGGAGGCUGAUAUUGCUAAAAAGGAACAAGGAAUUGAAAUGCAGAAAGAAAUUUACAAACAGAUCCUGGGCUUGAAGUCUGAAUAUAAGAUGGUGAAACAGGAAAUGGAUGGAUCUGUAGGCGAGGACCAAGGGAAUAAUGACGUUGUUAAAGAUCUGUCAGAACAAAGUGAGAAAAUGGAAGUGUGCCAGAACCAUUCAGGGAAAGAGGUGUCAGAACAUUCUAAGAAUACGGAGCAUUCCCAAGAGCAAGUAGAAGGAAGAACAUUCGGUUCAGAGAAAGUGUAUUUAAAUCUGACAAAGUGCUUAGAUGGCAGCUGCAGUUAUCUUGCACGUGAUGCAAAGACCAAUCCAAUUCCAGAAGCACAGCACAUAAUCGGGAAUGAACAAAUAGAGAUGUCUGAGGUAGAAUACAACACAAUGAGAGACGCUGUACUGGAGGAGGAUACUACCAGUGAAGAUGAAUUUUGCGAAGUUGAUCUUUCAGAAUUUGGCAUCGAACUGUCUAUCUCUGAAAGUGAUGUUAGCUUCAGUUCCCAUCAGUUCUUGAUCUUGAAUGAAUCGGCAGCCAGCAGUCACACAUCCUCCCAGUUAUCUGCAACUAACGACCAGGAUCAAAUUUCAGCUCAGAGGAAUUGGAAAAGGACAGUGCUGCUCAUGUGGAAGGAGAUAGCCAGCCACAGAUUUGCUAGUUUGUUUCUGAAUCCAGUAUCUGAAGAACGAGUUCCAGGAUAUCACAGCUGGGUACACAGGCCCAUGGAUUUAUCCAAUAUAAAAAGAAACAUCAGAAAGGGACUGAUCCGCACAACGGUGGAAUUCCAGCGAGAUAUCAUGCUGAUGUUCCAGAAUGCGGUGAUGUACAACAGCUCCGAUCACGACGUUUACCACAAAACAGUGGAAAUGCAGCGAGAUGUCUUGGAACAGAUCCAGGAUAUACUGGAAGUAGUGGAACUGGGUGAUUAUAACAAGAGAUACAGUGGGAAGAGUUUGUAUCUUAUGGAUAAAUGAGUAUUUCUGCUGUCGGGAAAUAUUGAAAAUGAUAUUCCAGCUGUUGGAGGAGAUACUGAAAAUGAAUAUUUUUGUUAUAUUUCUCAACAGUUAUUGCAGUACUUUGAUUUUUUGUCACUGUACUCAUGAUGUUGUGGGCUUUAAAUGAGAAACCACAUGGGAAAAGAGAUGGUCAUAAAUGUGUACAAUUUGUUACAAGUUGCAGAAGUUCGUAGGAAUGCAGAUUGCUGCUAAGUUAACCUGUUGGGCAUAUUCUUCACCUCAAAAACAGAAAUCCAAGUUCAUUGAUUUUUAUUUUCAAUAAUGGUUGAUGUACUUAUUAUGUGUACUUAUUACAGUUGGUUCAGUUUCCGCAAAUUUAUUGACCAGGUACCAGUUGUUUUGUACUUCAUUUUAUAGUUUGUUAAUAAAAUGUAUUGAUUCUCUUUGC